CAUCACGAUGCCGUUGACCUUCUGCUUCCGUAUACCCUCCGAUAUGAAAACGUCUCGUGGUGGUACAGUGAAUAUGUGAUGAACCUUGUGGCGGCGAUGUUCUUUGGUCCUCAGUACGUGGUCCAGAUACAUGGAACUUGCAUUUACUUUUGUCUGCAUGACCAUGACAUUGCCUCGUAGCUGUCUUUGCAGAGACUUUUAACGCGGGAUAUGUGAACUAUCCGCAUGAGAUUGAUUUUGACAUCCCUUUGAGCUGGAUCAUUACAGCUGCGAGGGAUAAGAAGAGAUUGAAUCCCCUCUUUUUCCACGAGCACAAUUGUCCGUCCCCAAAGGACUUCCGCUCAAACCCGCAGAUCGGACCGAUGACAGGAGGAUACGAUCAGAUCUUAAUGGAAGGGAAUGUGUUCGACUCUUGUCAUCCUUAUUUCCGGUUGGUAGCCUCCAGGAGAACGUCUGCGCGUCGCCACAAGGGUCACACAGGACACGCGUGUACAGAUGUCGACCUUUCCAUUUCCGGCAUGUUGGUGGAGCUGAUGAAGGAGGAGGAGAUUCGCAACGGAACCAUCUGCUACUGGUGCAUGAUGCACCCGAAAUCUCCUGAGACUUCAAACUGUGCGAAUCAUAUCACUGGAAGUGAGCUGAAGCUUGCAACCUCAGAAGGAAAGAGAACUUACUCGGGAGAGCAGCAGCUGAGGCUGGGAGUGGAUAAGAAUGGAAAUCUUUUAUUUUGACUCAAUGGAACAGCGAUUUUC